GAGAAGGGGCUGGAAGGAGACAGCACGAGGCAGCUGCAGUUUUCAAAAGUGCCAGCAAUGGGUAAAUGUGGCUUUCCGGAGUGUCUGUACAGCUACAGCUCCUCAAAAGUUGUCGACUACCAGAGUCGUAAAUAUGCACUCGGGAAAUGGAUCUGCCACCUGUUUGUCAGCGUGUAUGUUGGAUAUACACUCCUCCUUGACAAACGGUACCAGGAGAAGGACAGUGUAAUCAGCUCCGUCCACACUAAAGUGAAGGGGGUGGCACAGACAGACAAAUGGAUCUGGGAUACAGCAGAAUACACUAUACCAAUGCAGGGCGUAGACUCCUUUUUUGUGAUCACCAAUGUCAUCAUUACAGAGAAUCAGAUUCAGGGCAAGUGCGCAGAGUAUCCCUUCGCCAAUGCUUUCUGCUCUUCAGACACUUCAUGUAUAAAAAACAGUGUGGAUCAACAGAGUAAUGGAAUUAGAACAGGAAGAUGUGUGAAGUAUAAUGCAACUGUUAAAACCUGUGAGAUCAUGGCAUGGUGCCCUGUGGAAUCCAAGAAAACUGCCCCUGUGCCUGCAGUUCUGGAAAGUGCUGAAAACUUCACAGUACUAAUAAAGAACAACAUCCACUUCCCCAAAUUUAAUUAUACCAGGCAAAAUAUUCCACAGAAUUUCAAUGCUUCCUGCACAUUCAACAAGAUAACUUCCCCACUCUGUCCAGUUUUCCGUUUGGGCGAUAUCCUUCAAGCAGCAAAUCAGAAUUUUUCUGAAAUGGCAGUUGAGGGGGGAAUCAUUGGCAUUGAGAUCAACUGGGACUGUAACUUGGAUUACUGGUYCUACCACUGCAGUCCACAGUAUAGUUUCCGCCGCCUUGAUGACAUAUCAACGAGCAAAUAUCCUGGUUUCAACUUCAGAUUUGCAAAGCACUACAAGCAACAAGAUGGGGUGGAACAGCGAACUCUUAUCAAAGCCUAUGGAAUACGGUUUGAUGUCCUUGUCUUUGGCACAGCUGGAAAAUUUGACUUCAUUGAACUUGUGAUGUACAUUGGGUCCAUGAUCUCCUAUUUUGGCUUGGCUGUGUUUGUCAUCGAUUUAUAUAUUACUUACUGCAGCUGCUGCAAAUCACCUGUCAGGGCAUAUCACUACAAAAAGAAGUAUGAGACUGUGCAGAAUCCAAAAUGGGUGAUAUACGUAUCCUAUGUUGAUAAGCCACAUGUUACCUUGAUAAUGGAACCCCUGGAAACAAGCUUGCAGCAUGCUAAAGGCAACAUCGUUGAGAGGCACCCUGAGAAAUUCUCUGAUUCUGUCAACUGCUGCACUGAUAAUUCCAACGAGGAUUCUGUUAAGAAAGGACAUGAGAUGCAGCCUGUCCGCAGGGAAAUGGCCUUCUCCCAGGCCCCCCAAGCGUGGUGCUGCUGUGGGAAAUGCCAGAAAACAGAGAAGCUCCAUGAGCAGCUCUGCUGCCGAAAGGAAGAAGGGAGAUGCAUCACAACCUCCCCUUUAUUUGAGCGACUAGUGCUGUCCAGAGACAACCUGAAAGACGCUCUUCUCUACAAAGAGCCCCUUCUGGACUUGGAGAGUAGGAAUGUCAAUGACAAGUUGCGUCGCUGUGCCUUCAAGCAGUAUAUCCACUGGCGCUUUGGCUCUUUUGAUCUGGAAGACAGAGCUGUCGUCCCAAGCUGCUGCAGGUGGAAGAUCAGAAAUACUUACCCCAAAGACGGUGGCAACUAUACUGGUUUUAAGGCUAUACCCUAUGGUGAGACUCCAAAGACAGGGAGGAAGCUUUACAGCUGGAGUAAGGCAGUGAGGGAAAUACCCAUUCCCUUUGCAGAAAGGAAAGCUCUAAUCGCCAAGAUCUUGGUGGGAAGUUCAGAAAUGGAAUUAGCAGCCGCCAUGGUGUCCUGCGGCGCUUUCUACAGCUUCCUCUUCGAGUACGACACCCCCCGCAUCGUGCUGAUCCGGAGCCGCAAAGUGGGGCUCGUCAACCGCCUGGUGCAGCUCGCCAUCCUUGCCUACGUGAUCGGCUGGGUCUUUCUGUGGGAGAAGGGCUACCAGGAAACAGAUUCUGUGGUCAGUUCUGUAACCACAAAGGUAAAAGGAGUAACUCUGACAAACACCUCCAGCUUGGGAACCAGGAUCUGGGAUGUAGCUGACUAUGUCAUCCCUCCUCAGGGAGAAAACUCAGUGUUUAUCAUGACAAAUGUGAUACUCACACUGAACCAGAUGCAAGGCCGCUGCCCUGAGCUUCCAGAUGAUACAACAAUAUGCACAGCAAGGGAAGACUGUGCUCCAGGAUACGUUGGCACCCACAGCAAUGGCAUUCAGACUGGGGAGUGUGUCCUAUAUAACAGCAGCAUCAAGACCUGUGAGAUCUUCGCAUGGUGCCCUGUGGAGAAYGACUCUUAUAUUCCCAAGCCAGCGUUCCUACAAGAAGCGGAGAACUUUACCAUUCUAGUGAAGAACAACAUUUGGUAUCCAAAGUUCAACUUCAGCAAGCGAAACAUCCUCCCCACUAUCAACUCCACCUACCUCAAGAACUGCAUCUAUGACUCCCAAACAGAUCCCUUCUGUCCUAUCUUUCGCUUAGGAAAAAUAGUUGAAGCUGCAGGGCAGAACUUCCAAGAAAUGGCUGUGGAGGGUGGAGUCAUGGGGCUGCAGAUCAACUGGGACUGCAACCUUGACAGAGCUGCUUCCCACUGUGUGCCAAGGUACUCCUUCCGUCGCCUCGACAGCAAGGACUCUGCCCACAAUGUGUCACCUGGGUACAACUUCAGGUUUGCAAAAUACUACAAGGAUCAGAAUGGCACUGAAUCGCGGACCCUUGCCAAAGCUUACGGCAUCCGCUUUGAUAUCAUAGUGUUUGGAAAGGCAGGAAAAUUUGACAUAAUUCCUACAAUGAUUAACAUUGGCUCUGGCUUAGCACUGUUCGGAGUGGCAACCGUCCUAUGCGACAUUGUUGUCCUGUAUUGCAUGAAGAAGAGAUAUUACUAUCGGGAGAAGAAAUACAAAUAUGUGGAGGAUUAUGAACUGGGUGGCAGUGAGAAAUAUGGAACAGACUCCUGACCUGCUGCUGCUGCAGCCCCAACUGCUGACUGUGAAGUGCUGCUGUGAAUGUUACUCUGAACCUGCCCUCUGAAACWCCUCUUUCUGGAGGAGAAGGAAGGAGGGAACAAGCCCUGUUCACUGCUUGCUUACCUCUGCUGGUCCAAGCCUACCCCCAAAGAGAAGAACUGGAUCUGCUGCUCCUCUCCUGUUUUUCCAGGGUAACUUUGCAAAGCACCAAGGGAUGCUCUUGUGCUAGGCCUCUGCACAAGCUCCCUGGGCCAGGGGCUGUUGCAGUCAUCUCAACAACCCUUCUCCUCUGAGGUCAGUGCUAGCAGAGAGCUGCAAUGCCCUUAAGAGCCACAGAUUCUUCCAUAGGGUGAACAGGGCCCCUGCUAKGUGUGGCCCAGCCUUGGCUGAACAGUUUGGUACUGUUAUCAAAUAAUUUUUUUCUUACUCUAAAGGAUCAUUUAAAUAAGUUUAGCUAAGACUAUACCCACUAUUUAUGACUCUAGUGACCACAAGCUGAGAUAAAGCUGUGCCCAGUCUUACUGUGCUACAUCAGCAAGUGGUGUUGGGUGAAUGACUUACUGUUUACAAGAUUUUCCCCCSUCCUGUUUAACUAGUUUUAUGCUACUAUUUUAAAAUUGAUUGUCAUUUAAAAUAAAGUACUCUAUGAGCAAU